AUGUCUCAAAGUAUAAAUAACUAUCAAACUACGCUCCCCGCCCUUCUCCAAAGUUUCAAAAGCAUACCUCAUCUAACCAUUCUCUCAAACGAAAAAUCCCAAACAGAUACCGGCGGUUUCAACCAUCAACUCCUCAUCGCCAUCGCAAAUACCAAACCAGAUGCUCAAGGACAUAAUCUCGUCCAAAGCGUAUUUAGUGGGAUUAAUGAGAAGUUGAGGAAUGUUAUUGCGCUUAAUUCAUGGAGCGCUUAUUGA